AGAGUUUCUGCGCGCUUCUGCCUUUUGCCUGCUCUUUGUGGUUCCUGCUGGUCAGCGGUGGAUCACUGGUGGCUAAGCGUGUGCCUGUCCCUUUUGCCUGCUCAUCUAAGGGGGACUUGAACCAUCCCCAGACAAGAGGACCCUAUUUCUCUGCCGAGCUGGUUAGCCAUCCAAAGGCUCUGUCUGGGAUCUGCAUUAGCUGCUGAGAACUGCAACCUCUAGUUUUUCCUCCUCUGGAAAAUCUCACACCAGAAAAGGCUUUCACAACAAUCAACAGGCUGUAAAUUCCCAUCCGGUGGUGGUGCUCCUGGGAGUCCUGAGCUGGGGUCAGCUGGAAGAUGACUGAGUACAAGCUGGUGGUGGUGGGAGCUGGUGGUGUUGGGAAGAGCGCUUUGACGAUACAGCUCAUUCAGAACCAUUUUGUUGAUGAAUACGACCCCACGAUAGAGGAUUCCUACAGAAAGCAAGUCGUCAUUGAUGGAGAGACCUGUUUGUUAGACAUCUUGGACACAGCAGGGCAAGAGGAGUACAGUGCCAUGAGAGACCAGUACAUGAGAACAGGGGAGGGAUUCCUGUGCGUCUUCGCCAUUAACAAUACAAAGUCUUUUGAAGAUAUUCACCAGUACAGAGAGCAGAUCAAGAGGGUGAAAGACUCAGAUGAUGUUCCCAUGGUGCUGGUGGGAAAUAAAUGUGACCUGCCAGCCCGGACAGUGGAGACCCGGCAAGCACAGGACCUGGCCCGCAGUUAUGGGAUACCCUACAUAGAAACAUCUGCCAAAACCAGACAGGGCGUUGAAGAUGCCUUCUACACCUUAGUGCGGGAGAUCCGUCAGCACAAACUACGCAAGCUGAAUCCGCCAGAUGAGAGCGGCCCUGGCUGCAUGAACUGUAAAUGUGUGAUAUCGUGACUAAGCUGACUGGACUGUGACUUGGAGGGGUUUCCACUGUGCAGAGCGCAAGGAAAGAGGUGAAGCGAAAGAAGAAACAAAUGGAUUCAGGGGAGGAGUAUGGGGGGGAGGAAGAGGAGGAGGAAGAGAACGGGGGGAGCGUGAGCCCCUCCAUGGACUAUCUCGCACUUCACCCAGGCCUGCAGCAAACGACUUUUUUUUUCUUUCCCCAUCCCCUCCUCCUUUGGCCUCCUCCCAUCCCGGCAACUGUACAAAGCCACAGAUUGAAUCACAGUAAAUUAUUAUUUGAUGGUCUCGACAAAC